AUGUUCGAGGACAUCCAGUUAAUCUACAUGAACAUUAGGAUCCUGCGAUUCUGGGGCCUGCUCUAUGACAAGAAUGUGCGGCGUUAUAUCUGCCUCAUCUUGGCCUCUUUCCACAUUAUCACACAGGUUAUGUAUAUGAUCAGCACCACGGAAGGCCUGAUUGGCAUUAUUCGUAACUCCUAUAUGUUGGUUUUGUGGAUAAACACAGUCCUGCGAGCCUAUCUCUUGCUCAUGGAUCAUGACAGAUAUGUGGCCCUUAUAUCGAAUCUUACCAAAGCCUAUUAUGAACUGUUGAGUUUCAAUGAUGGCUAUAUUGACGAAGAGCUAACUGAAGUCAAUAGAGUUGGACAGAUGAUGGCCAGAGGGAAUCUAUUUUUUGGCUUACUGACUUGCUUAGGCUUUGGCCUGUACCCUUUGGCUUCGACGGAGAGGGUCCUUCCGUUUGGCAGUCGCAUUCCUGGCCUAAACGAAUACGCGACUCCGUACUACCAGCUAUGGUAUGUCUUUCAGAUGCUCAUCACGCCGAUGGGCUGUUGCAUGUACAUUCCGUACACCAGCCUGGUGGUGGCCCUCAUCAUGUUCGGAAUUGUGCGCUGCAAGGCAUUGCAGCAUCGCCUCCGACGUGUGGCCGUACUGUAUCCGGCCGGAGAGUGCGAUACCCGGAAGCUGGCGGCCGAGAUUGUUGACUGCAUUCGCUACCAACAAAGCAUCAUCGACUACAUGGCCCAAAUCAAUGCCCUGACCACAAUGAUGUUUCUCUUUGAGCUUUUGGCCUUUUCGGCACUACUGUGUGCCCUUCUCUUUAUGCUAAUUAUCGUGAACGGCACCAGCCAGGUAAUAAUUGUCUGCAUGUACAUCAACAUGAUAUUGGCUCAGAUCCUGGCCCUCUACUGGUACGCCAACGAGCUGAGGGAACAAAACCUGGCGGUGGCCGCAGCAGCCUAUGAAACAGAGUGGUUCACCUUUGCGGUUCCAAUAAGGAAGAAUAUCCUGUUUAUGAUGAUGAGGGCCCAGCGACCGGCAUCGAUCCGUCUUGGCAACAUCCGACCCAUUACCCUGGAACUCUUUCAGAAUUUACUGAACACCACCUAUACAUUUUUUACGGUCCUUAAACGUGUUUACGGCUGA